GUAGGACCCAGGUGCGUGACGGUUUGCCAUCGUCAUGGAGCCCGAUGGAACUUACGAGCCGGGUUUUGUGGGAAUCCGCUUCUGCCAGGAGUGUAACAACAUGCUCUACCCCAAGGAGGACAAGGAAAAUCGCAUCCUUCUCUACGCGGGGCACUCAGGACAGCUCCCACCCCCUUCCCCGCAGUGUCGCAACUGUGACUAUCAGCAGGAAGCCGAUAACAGCUGCAUCUAUGUGAACAAGAUCACCCACGAGGUGGACGAGCUGACCCAGAUCAUCGCGGAUGUGUCGCAGGACCCGACCCUUCCAAGGACGGAGGACCACCCUUGCCAGAAGUGUGGCCACAAGGAGGCUGUGUUCUUCCAGUCCCACAGCGCGCGGGCCGAGGAUGCCAUGAGGCUCUACUACGUGUGCACCGCCCCCCACUGCGGCCACCGCUGGACAGAGUGACCCGAGCCUGACUGCCCGCACUGUUUCUUAAUAAAGCAUUUUAUUUUUGGCUUUCUGA